AUGACAGAAUCAUAAUAAUUGAAUAACCCAGGCAGUCGAACAAGAAUGAUUGGGAAUUAUGUAAUAGGUAAUUAAGUUUUAGUAAUAGGUAGGUAAAACUUUGGGAUUUGGAACAUUUGGGAAGGUAAAAAUGGGUAUUCAUGAAAAAUCGUAAGAGAAAGUGGCUAUAAAAAUAUUGGAGAAGGAUAGAAUAGUAGAAACUGCAGAUGUAGAAAGAGUACAAAGAGAGAUUCAUAUCUUAAAAUUGGUUAGACAUCCCCAUAUAAUCUAACUAUAUGAGGUAAUGAAAUAUUAUAUUUAGAUUAUUGAAACACCAAAACACAUAUUUUUAGUAAUGGAAAUGAUUAGUGGUGGAGAGUUAUUUGAUUAUAUUGUCUAAAAAACAAAGUAAUAUAAUUGAAUUAAUAAGGUUGGAAGAAGUGGAGGCAUGCAAAUUAUUUUAAGAACUGAUUGCUGGAAUUGAAUAUCUACAUAAACUAAGAGUAGUCCAUAGAGAUUUAAAGCCUGAGAAUUUGUUACUUGAUAAUCAUAAAAAUCUUAAAAUCGUUGAUUUUGGAUUAUCUAACACUUACAAAUCAGAAGAAUUAUUGAAGACUGCAUGUGGAAGUCCUUGUUAUGCAGCUCCAGAAGUACAUAAAAUCUAAUUUAAUAACUUAGAUGAUAGAAGGAUAAAAAUAUUAAGGAGUAAAAGUAGAUUUGUGGAGUUCUGGAGUUAUAUUAUUUGCUUGUUUAUGUGGUUAUUUACCAUUUGAAGAUUAAAACACUUCUGCUCUUUACAAAAAGAUUUUAAGUGGAUCAUAUCAACUACCAUCUCAUCUCUCUAAAGAUGCUUAAUCAAUGAUUUAAGGAAUCUUAACAGUCAAACCAGACAAACGUUUUACUAUUAAUGAUAUUAGAAAUCACCCAUGGUUUAAGAUAUAUAAAAGAAAUUAUGAAAUUCCUCCUGGAAUUGUUGUUGGUUAUAAUAAGAUUCCAAUUGAUUCAGAAAUACUCAAAUAGUUAAAAUAAUAUGGCAUAGAUAUUGAUCAUGCUUAAAAAUGUUUAGAUGCCAAUAAACAUAAUGAUGUAACUACAUUGUAUCAUUUGCUUCUUAAAAGACAUUUGACAAAUGGUGGCAGAUCAACAGCUGAUCUUAAUUCUGAAUCUUUUGAUAUAACUCUAUUAGAACCUAAGUAAAGACCUCAAAAAGGUAAUUCUAAUAUUUUUAUUUAAUAGCUCCAAUUAGUUCAUUAGUUAAUAAUGAAGUUAUUAAAUAGUAGAUCAAAGAUGAAAUAGUUAAAUUACGUUCAUAAUCAACUGAUAAAGAUAGAGGUAGAAUUAUUAGAAUAACAAAUCAAAAUAAAAUAUUGGCAGAUAAUGAUUUAAGUGUGAAUAGAAUAGGAAAUAAUGGAUAUGCUUAAAGUGUAUAAGCAAGAAAAAAAGAUGAAAACUAUUUUGAAUAAUCACCUGUUAUCAAAAAUAACAAUGUUCCUUAUUCCAAUAUGUUAUGUUAAAAAUAUGGAAUCAAAUUUAAGAACAAUAAUGUGACCUCAAUUGAUUAUCAUAAUAAGGAAGAUUUCAGAAAAAUAAGUUCUAGGAAUAAAAGAGAAAUUGACAUCAUGAAUCCCUAUCGAAAUUCUAAUAGAGAACAAUAAUAAUUAAAUAGAAUGUUAUAAAGUGGAGGAAGAUCACAAAAUAACAAAAAAGAUAGGGUUUAUAUUACUAGUCAUAAUAAUCAAUCGUUUGAUUUACCUUUAAAUUCUAAUCAUUCAAAUAAAUAAAAGGCAAUAAAUCAAUAAAGAUCAGGCCAUUUUUAACAUGAUUGA